GUGAAGGCUCUAUAAGCCAACCCACCCCCCACCACUCACUUUCCUUCCUCUUUUCGCACCCCAAAAAAGAGAAAUUCCAUUAAAAAUCUUACCUUUUUACUCUCUAUAUUCCUCCAUCUCCGCCGUUCAAUCUGCCGCCUCAAAAUUCUCUCUCUUUCUCUUUCUAUAAUUCGCACCCAGUCUUUAUCCUUAUUGUGCCAGUGAUAUUUUACUCAUGUAUAUGUAUUUUGUUCAUGUAUGGUGUAUAAUUUGAGUCGAAACUGUCGUGUGCUAGAAGAACCUGCCAGUUUUCUUCUGAAAUUGUCUUUUGUAGCUGGAGUUUUCUUGAAUUUCGUUUAGAAGAUGAAGAAACUCUAUCUGGGUAUCUCUGGUUUGGCUUUAAGAUCUGUGGGUUUGUUGUUUUUUCUGUUUGUUGUUGCUGUGCCGGCGGCGCUGUCACAGUCGCCGGACGUCGGGGUAAUGCAGGAGUUGAAGAAGAGUGUCAACCCGCCGGCGUCGCUCGGGUGGGAUGACCCGGACCCGUGCAAGUGGAAGCAGGUGGAGUGCGCCGGCGGGCGGGUUACGAAGAUCCAAGUUGGGAAACGGGGCCUCUCCGGCUCUCUGCCGCCUAAUCUCGGAAACCUCACCGCCUUAACGAUCUUCGAAGUGAUGGAGAAUGGGCUCGCCGGAGCUCUGCCCAGUCUUGCUGGGUUGGGCUCGCUUCAGAGGAUCCUCGUGAACGGCAACGGCUUCACUUCAAUUCCCCCCAAUUUCUUCGCCGGUAUGAAUUCCUUGGAAUCGGUUUCUCUAGACAACAACCCUUUCUCUCCAUGGCCGUUCCCGGAAAGCCUUAAAGACGCUUCAGCUCUCCGGAGCUUCUCCGCUAUCAAUUGCUCCAUUUCCGGGCCCUUGCCUGAUAUUUUCAUUUCCAAUAAUUUCCCUAGCUUAACAGAUCUGCGUCUCUCCUUCAAUUCUUUAUCCGGGCCUCUCCCCCCGAGCUUUUCCGGCUCUUCUUUGCAGACUUUAUGGCUAAACGGUCAAAACGGUGUUUCUUCUAGACUAAAUGGCACCAUAUCUGUUCUGCAAAACAUGACAUCUCUUACCCAAGUUUGGUUGCACGGGAACUCAUUUUCCGGUCCAAUUCCAAACUUAUCCGACCUUAAUUCCUUGCAAGAUUUCAGUGUGAGAGACAAUAGUCUUACCGGUCCGGUCCCGGAUUCAUUGACAAAGCUCAGUUCUCUGAAAGUUGUGAAUUUGACUAAUAAUAUGCUUCAAGGGCCGACCCCCGAGUUUCCAGACACUGUUCAGGCUGAUAUGGUGGCUGACACUAAUAGUUUUUGUUUGUCACAGGCAGGUAAAGCUUGUGACACAAAGGUUAAUGUAUUGUUAGCUGUAGCUAAGGAUGUCGGAUACCCUAUCCAGUUUGCGCGGGAUUGGAAAGGUAAUGAUCCUUGCACUCCAUGGAGGGGUAUAACAUGUGAUAAUGGAGGAAUUUCGGUUGUGAAUUUUCAGAAAUUUGGGCUUAUAGGGACGAUUUCGCCUAAUUUUUCAUCUAUCACGACGCUGCAGAGGCUGAUUUUGGCGAAUAAUAAUCUCACUGGAAAUAUCCCUAACGAGCUUACGGAUUUGAGUCAACUUAAGUUAUUGGAUGUUUCGAAUAAUCAGCUGUAUGGUAAAGUCCCUAACUUUAAUAGUAAUGUGAAAUUGAUAACAGAUGGAAAUGUCAAUAUAGGUAAAGACGGUCCUCCUCCUUCAGUGGUACCAUCUCCUGGUGGUUCUCCCGGGGGAGGUGGUGGAGGAACACCCUCCGGAGGAGGGGAAAGCGGUGGUAAGAAAUCCUCUACAGGAGUGAUUGUUGGUGCGGUGGUUGGUGGUGUGUGUGGUGUAGCUGCUUUGGCUGGGCUGUUUGUCUUUUGCUUGUAUCGAACUAAGAAGAAGCGGUCGGGUAGAGUGCAGAGUCCACAUACUAUGGUUAUUCAUCCUCGCCAUUCAGGGUCAGAACACGAUGCGGUUAAGAUCACGAUUGCUGGCUCGAGUGCUACUGGAGGAGUAAGCGAGACUUAUAGUCAUGGAAGUAGUGGACCGAGCGAUGUUCAUAUUAUCGAGUCCGGUAGCUUAAUGAUCUCCAUCCAGGUUUUGAAGAGUGUUACUAACAACUUCAGUGAAGAUAAUAUACUUGGAAGAGGCGGGUUUGGUACUGUUUAUGGCGGGGAAUUACACGAUGGAACGAAAAUCGCUGUUAAGAGGAUGGAAUCCGGGGUGAUGGGGGAUAAGGGUUUGGACGAGUUUAAAUCCGAGAUUGCUGUCCUUACAAAAGUGCGCCAUAGGCAUUUGGUUGCACUUCUCGGUUAUUGCUUGGAUGGAAACGAGAAGCUCCUUGUCUACGAGUACAUGCCUCAGGGGACACUUAGCCGGUAUCUCUUUGACUGGAGAAAAGAAGGAUUGAAACCGCUCGAAUGGAUGAAAAGGAUAAUAAUCGCACUCGAUGUGGCUCGAGGUGUCGAAUAUUUGCACGGCUUAGCCCAACAAAGCUUCAUUCAUAGAGAUCUUAAGCCAUCAAAUAUUCUUCUCGGAGAUGAUAUGAGGGCUAAAGUUGCAGAUUUUGGACUCGUUCGUCUUGCUCCUGAUGGGAAAGCUUCAAUUGUUACAAGGUUAGCUGGAACUUUCGGUUAUCUUGCUCCAGAAUAUGCUGUUACGGGCCGAGUAACAACCAAAAUUGACGUAUUUAGCUUUGGAGUCAUUCUGAUGGAGAUAAUUACUGGAAGGAAAGCUCUAGAUGAAAGUCAGCCCGAGGAGAGUAUGCAUCUUGUACCAUGGUUCCGAAGAAUGUGGGGGGACGAGGAACAAUUUAGGAAGGCGAUUGACCCGACGAUUGAUCUAAAUGAAGAAACACUAGCCAGUGUACGAACUGUUGCCGAGUUGGCUGGUCACUGCUGUGCUCGGGAUCCCCAUCAAAGACCCGAUAUGGGGCACGCGGUGAACGUUCUUUCGUCUCUCGCUGAGCUCUGGAAACCAUCGGAGCCCAACGAGGAUGACAUAUACGGGAUCGACUUCUUCCUCAGCUUGCCCCAGGCAGUUAAGAAGUGGCAGGCUCUCGAGGAAUCGAGCGGGUUCGAUGCGUCUUCUUAUCCCGGGAGCAGUGACAAUACCCAGACAAGUAUACCCACACGCCCGUCUGGGUUUGCAGAUUCGUUCACAUCAUCAGAUGGGCGGUAAGAACAGGGCCGGGCCGGGCAUUGGAAUUUGCCAUCAAGUGGAUGGCACUUAGGAGGUUGGUUGGUUCAUUUAUUCUUUGUGUUACGUUCCUAAUCCGAUGAAUUGAAUUUCCUUGUCUAUUAUACUUCUACGAUGGCGUUUGAUUGUAGCAUGACAAUGUUAAUUUAGUUUAUGAAACAUCCUUUGUUUAGUU